GUGAGCGAGAGAAAAAGAGAGAUGAGAUCAGACGUCUUGGGUUUUGUUUGCUUCAGUUAUUGACACAUUGUACCGUCCCUGUGAGCUUUUAAUCAUAAAUGUUAUAUUAUUUUAAAAAAGUACAAUACAAUUGAUGUCAAUAACAUUGAUUGCCUACCAUUAAAAGAAAUAGCAUGAAAUAAACUUUUACUUUGACCGUGUCAGAGGAAAUGGUUAUUUGGGACUUAAUCGUCGGUUUCAUUACGUAGACAUUCAGUGACAAAACGUGAACACAGUUUUGCUUCUCGGAAAUGACGAGAUCACAAAACGGGGGUUUUCGGGCAGUGGUGACCUGCAGCUGUUAUUUUCGUGAAGGUUUGUUGUCUGUUUGUCUUUAAGAUAAAUUGAACGGUAAAAAUUCUUGAAUAGUCGGAAAAGUGGUGAAGAGCAAGUUGGUGAUCAUGAAAUUGAGCGAGUGGAUAUUGCUUGGAUUUUAACAGACGAACAGUGCAUUCCUUAAAGACUAACGACGAUACCCUCAGCGUAUGGCAGAAUGAAAUGGGUGUCUCGUUAUCUAAAUGUGAUGUUCCUGCUUCACUCCGUGGUUGGUGUAGUUCCUGUGCCAUCGAAUCUGUCUGUUAGCUCAGUGAACUUCCUUCACAUCCUGCGUUGGGAUGCUGGGCCUGCCGCCCCACCAGGAGUACAGUACAAAGUCUAUUCCAGAUUAAGCGGAAAAAAGGAGAAACAAAUGCAACGUGCCUACACAACAAAUGCAACAUCUUUACAGCUGAAGUUGGACAAAUAUAAGUAUUAUUUGACUGUGCAAGCAUUCUAUAAUGGAACUUGGUCUCCAGAGUCUGAAGAAGUCCCAUUCACUCCUUUUGAACAAAUUCAUGGUGUACAUUGCCUCCUGCCCGAAGAUAGAUGGGAUAGACUCAAGCACUCCUGCGACUCAUCUGUAAUAGGUCCUCCAAAAGUAAUUCUGACUGCAUAUGAAAAUCGCAUUCAAAUCAACAUAUCACUUCCUGGGGCUGACAAAAGCUCAGGAAUAACAAACAAUGACAUCCUGAGGUUCUACAAAGGCAAGUUCAGAAUCUCGUGGAAGAAAUCUAACAAUAGUGAGGACAUUCACAUAACUGAAGGCAGAAGUGUUACUUUUGACAACUUGGAGAAAGGGGAACAGUACUGUGUACAGAUUCGAACCGAGAUUACAAUGAAUAAAAAUACUCCGCCAUCAGCCUGGAUAUGCACCUUCACAAGAAGUGCUGAUUCUCCCAGAGAUUUUUCCACAGUACCUGUUUUUCUUGGGACAACUGUUGGUCUUCUGAUUUUUUGCAUUGGUACCCUGAUGACAUUGACUUAUUGUCUCUACUACACUGGUCUGCUUUGCAAACUUCGAGCAACUCUCCCAAGAGCACUAAUUAUGGCCCUCAUCCAUGCAAAAUAUCUUCCAGUAGAGGAAAUAAGCCCUGAUCUGAUAUCGAUUGGCUCUGACAUACAAAAACAAAAUUACACCAGCGCAUUAUAUCCCGCCCACAAGACCACAUACUCUGGGAGUGUGGAAGAAAAGGUGGCUGAAGAGGAAGAAAAUAAGGAAAGUGAUAUCUAUAUAAACAGAGGUUCUGAAAACUCCUCAGGGGAAAGUACCUGUCGUUAUUCUUGGGACAUAUUAAGGACAUUUUUGUCUGUGAGGUCACACACCGAAGCAGAUACAUUGGCUUUAUCAUCUGAUAAAUCGGGGACGGAUCAACUCGGGACAAGAGUUGAAAAUGAAGACACAUCUAUGUCUUGGCAGCCUGAAACUGAAAUAAAGGAGCAACUCAUAUUUCAAUUGGAAGGAGAAAUGAACGAGAACACUUUCAACAUGUCUGAAAGUAUCAACCUGUUGUCAGUGACUCUGACUUCUUCCAUCACCUGCAGGAAAGAGGAACUAGAUACUGAAAAAUCACUUGUUGAUUCUUUGAGGCUGUCCGAUAAGGAACCUUCCUUAAUAGCCACAAAGCAAAAUUUGUGCAACACAGAUGUGCAAAAUGGCUUAAAUGAGUUGAGAUCAAAGAAGUGUACAAUCUUUGAUGAGGCUUGCUCCGAGUACAGGUGUGAUGAUGAUGAGACACAAGAGGAUUUGGAAGAAGAGCAAUUCUUAGGAUAUAUAGAACGCUGAUAUACAACUGCAAUAGUGUUACACUGUACAUUGCUGUCAAUGUUUGUUUUAUUUUUUGUUUAUUUGAUGCUUGUAAACAAACUGAUCUAAACACACAGGCUCUAUAUAUCGAGCUGUAAUUUCCAUCGCCAGUUUCUAAAUCCAUCUCAGCUUGAGCCCUCUGCCUUGUCAAAAUGUGCAACUCCUGUGUCUCCUUGCUUUGUGUUCAGCAUCUAAUAUAACUUGUGUUAAACUUUCUGUUUGCCCCAUGAAACCUCCCUCUUCACAUCCCAUGCUUGCUACUUGUAAAAACACUUAUUAAAAGUUUGGAAAACACUGAUGUAUGUUAUGAUAGCAUUUAGUCCUCAAUAGACAACCUCAAUAUGGAGGCUAUAAGUGGCCAAAAUUACUUUUCCAGGAGAAUUUUCUAUGAAUGAAUGAAUCAGUGAUGAAAGUCCUCCGGAUUUUCCCGGAAUUCCGGAUUUUUAAAUUUUCAUGAAAAUUGCUCGGGACAAUUUAGGAAAAACUGCCUAAAAUUAAUCUGGAUACGACUUGAACGAAUAUGCGUUUGAGUUUGUUGUUUUGCUUUCACGAGCGUCGCCAUGUUGAGGCACCAUCAUUAGUAACAAUAACGCCCCUUCCCUCGCAUUUUCUCAAGACGUUGCUUAUUUUGUGUGGUCGUGACAUUAAUUUACGUGUUUAUUUCAUAAACGUUAUUAACUAAACGAGCAUGCUCCAAAACAACCGUUAUUCAACCGGAAACAGCAAAUUCAAGUUAACCGUACUGAGCGUGUACGAAAGCGCAUGUCCGAACUGCUUCACGUAAUGCGAGCGUAUUUACGUCGGAAGUCAUCAACAUCAUGAGCCACGUCAAAGGAAAUUCAAUUACACCGGGAGUGCUCAUUGCGUCGAUCGCGAGGCAGUGUGACGGCGUAAAAAAAAUAAACAAGACUAUCAUCCAUCUCGUCGCUUGAUUCAAGUGUGGUCAAUACAUCGAGCGCGUGCACAUAAAGGCGCGUUAUAGCAAGCCGGCCUCCUAUUUAUGGCAGUCCCGUGAUGCGUGCCCCCCCCCCAACAAUACGUCACAAUUGCCGACAGGAAUGUUUGUUCCAAUGUUGCCACGAACGCCGAUUAUGUAACUAUAACGCCGAUUUUAGUUAUGUAACUAAACUUUCAGCAUUUUCAAAACAUUGCGAGUAUAGACCAUGCGUGUUUAUUCCUUGACAGGCCAGCGCAUUUAACUUUUCUUCAGAUAAGUUUGUCAGAUUUAUUGAUGAAAAAUUUUAAAUGCCGUUUUAUAUCAUGUUCUACUAAUAGUUGAAAUUCGAAAUUGUCAUUUCUGAGUUUGAAAUUUUAGUUUUUUAUUUUAGUUAUGUAUUUGUUUUUUUAAUUUUUAAUUUACAGUUAUGUUGUAUUAAUCCAGUAAGUUAUUUUAAGGCCAACCCUAGUCACACCCGCAACUUUAUCUGCGAGCAAGACUGACCACACCCGUACAUUUUUCAAAUGUGAGUGACUGUGUGUAAGUAAGUAAGUUUCUUUCGGCUUGUCCCGUUAGGGGUCACCACAGCGUGUCAUCUCAGAUGAAACGCUCAUAUUUGUUUGGCACAGUUUUUACCCCAGAUGCCCUUCCUCUAUAUAUAUUUCAAAAUAUUAAAGGCAACUGAUUAUACGAUUAC